AUGAUCCUGGGCAUGAGUCACAGCAGUGUGUGGAGUCUUGUUACUGGAUAUUGCUCAGCGUCUCUCAUCACAGCCCGGUCAGUGCGCGUGAGCCACGGGAAUAGUGCAUUUCUGAAGGAAAGAAAUCUGAAGUCCAGUGGUAGUGAGAGCCCGUGGUCCAGAGCAGACAUCUCCCGACAGCCUCAUGCAGGAUGCCCGGGAAGCUCCGGGGAGUCCUGGUCCAACUCAACCCGACUUCAUGACGCUCUGGGCACCCUCGUCAUGCGUCUCCUGCCCGAGCCAAGCGCACAGUCCCUGCGGAUCCUCUUUCUCUUUAUCUUUGUGAUGGGGGUGACCCCUUCGCCGGCUCUCACAGCCGGCUGUCCGGACAGAUGUGUGUGUGAUGAUCAGCUGGUAGUGCAGUGCGCAGGCCAGGACCUGACCCUGUUCCCCACCGACCUGCCCCUGGCUACGCGGCAGCUCAUCCUGUCCAAUAAUCGGAUAGGAGAGCUGCCUGCGCUGCAGCUCAACUACCUGUCUGACCUGGUCUACCUGGACUGCAGCAACAACUCCCUCACAGAAAUCUCGGAGUCCACUUUCGGGAACCUGCGUAAACUCGCCUACUUGGACCUGUCGUUCAACGUGCUGCUCCAGAUUGAGGACAGGACGUUCGGGCCGCUCUCGUCUCUGGUGAUGCUGAGACUCACGGACAACCCCGGGCUUACUGACAUCCACCCGGACGCCUUCUCGGAAAACAUGGCGCUGCAAGUGCUGGACGUGAGCAGGAACAACUUGACGGUGCUGAACAUCAGCAGUCUGAUCGCACUGCCCGCUCUGCGCUCUCUGGGGCUGAGCGGGAACCCGUGGAGGUGCGACUGUGACACGGAGGACCUGUGCCUCUGGGUGCAGAUCGAGGGCUUCAAGUUCCAAGACGAGGGUCAGACGAUGUGCCACAACCCCCCGGAGGUGGCAGGACAGCGUUUGGCAGAGGUGGGCAUGCAGCUGCGGGCAGACUGCCACCAGGGCCUGGGAUACUGGGACUACCUGUUUUUCAUCGCCAUCGGCUUCGUCAUAUUCUCCGCCGGGACGGUGUCGGCAUGGGUCAUGGGCGUGCUCAUGGUGCUGUAUGAACGUUACACCAAGAGGAAGGGCGAGACGCUGGAUAGUGACGAUGAGGGGGAGGACCGAGGGGGCGGGGGAGGCGGAGCUAACACAGGGAAUGGAGAUCUGAACAAGCCCAGUAUGGAGGUGUGA